GCGCCCCUCGGCUGCCACUCGAACCAGCGAACCCCCAACUCGACCCUAGUGCCAAGAUCGAGCCCAAGAUCGAGGCUACUAGCUAGCAACGAGAGAGAAGAAGAAGAAGAGCCGAAGAAGACAAUGGGCGGCUGCUUCUCUUCGUCGACGUCCGGUGGCGCGUACUACCACGAGGAGUACGCGGCGUCCGGGUGCCGGCGGCCGCAGCGGGUGCGUCCGAGCGACGAGGACGGCCUCUACUACGUUGGCGAGAGGGACGUGGACAACAAGGCCGGCAUCUACAUCGCCAAGUUCCACCGCUACCAGUCCGAGGUCGUGCCGCAGACGCCCGCGCCGGCGUCCUUCGCCGCCGCCCAAGGCCUCACCACCACCAGCUGAGCACAGCGGACCUGAGCUGCGACGUGAGAUCAAGAUCGAUCGAGAUGGUUGUCUUCCAUAUUGGUGUGUGGGUUCUUUCGCUCAGUUCCUCUGUUUAGGCUACGGCUACGCGUGCGCGUGGCUAGAUCCUGAGGGCGAGCUCGUAAGAAAUAACUAGUAGUAGUAAUUACGAUGAGGGAUGGUUAAUGCUAGUAGUCGAUGAGUACUUAUAUCAGUAGUGUAUGUAGUAUGUAUAUGCAUGUAAAUUUGUUCAACAUGGAUGAAGGUUGGUGA